AGCUAAAAAUAUACGAGAUUUGACGAGAAGGUCAAGGUGAAAGCCGGUGCGAGCGUUAGAAAGAAAGACAGUGUUCGACUAAUUUUUUAAUCUUAUUCCAUCGUAAAGAUUAUAGGGAAUUGCAGAAAGAAUGGAAAACAGACCGGGUUGCACAGUGUACAUAAACAAUUUAAAUGAGAAAAUCAAGAAAGAUGAAUUGAAAAAGUCCUUGUAUGCUAUAUUCUCACAGUUUGGACAAAUCCUGGACAUUGUGGCAUUAAAGACAUUAAAGAUGAGAGGACAAGCCUUUGUGAUAUUUAAAGACAUAAAUAGUGCAACAAAUGCUCUCCGUUCAAUGCAAGGAUUUCCUUUUUAUGACAAACCUAUGAGAAUACAGUAUUCAAAGAAAGACUCAGAUGUCAUUGCCAAAAUGAAAGGCACAUAUGUAGAAAGACCAAAGAAAAAGAAAGUUGAAGAAGAAGUGCAAGAACAACAAACAAAGAAGAAAAAGAAGAGUCAGAGAAAGGAACAAAAUGCUAUGCUUGCUGCAACAUCCGCACCAGUUCCUCAGCCAUCAGCACCUUCAAUGCCUGCUAUGGCUCCACAGGCAGCUGCCCCAGUUGCCCCUGCACAACCUGCUACCAUUCCAGAGCAACCACCAAACCAGAUCUUGUUCUUGACCAACUUGCCAGAAGAGACCAAUGAGAUGAUGUUGUACAUGUUAUUCAAUCAGUUUCCGGGUUUCAAAGAGGUGCGUCUUGUUCCUGGCCGACAUGACAUUGCCUUUGUCGAGUUUGAGAAUGAAAUGCAGUCUGCUGCAGCAAAGGAUGCUUUACAAGGAUUCAAAAUUACACCCACACAUGCAAUGAAGAUAUCAUUUGCUAAAAAAUAAUGUUUUUUGUACAUAAUUAAUAAAGACUUAUUUACUUGAGGUUUAAAAAAGCAUUAAAAUAUUUCAAUAAGAGAACUGUUAGGAUACAAAUGGUUAUUUUUUCAACAGGGAUAAUCAAGUGGGAGACCAAGGGUCCAUGUAUAACAUGAUCUAAUCCUUGUAUUGUGUCAGCAUUGCACCUCUGCUGACUGCCAGCAUUGCACACAGCUGGUGAUAUUUCAGGAUUGUACUGGUCUUUCUGCAAAGGAGAUGCUGGCUUUGAUUUUUGUUUUGCACUUGGCAUUGCACAAGGCCAUGUCUUUUUCAGCAUAAAUCUUCUCUGGAAACUUACUGUCCUGCAGGAUUUGUAUAAAAGCUACGAAGAAUUUUUUUU